CCACCACUGUCUUUCUUACUAUCUAUAAAAAAAUACCUGUGCUUUCUCUGUUUGCAUGGACAAAUUGAUCUGGUGGUGGUGGUACAUGGUGGUGGCAGAUAAGCUGAUAAUCUCCCCCAUGGGGCUGAGUGACGGGCGGUUCCAGAUGGCAGCGCUCCCACGGUGCUCCCGUGUUUACUAGAAACACAGCAUUAGUAAUCCCACACUGAUAACGACGUGUAUAAAAGAGGCGAGAGGGAGGCACCGUGAGAUUGCGUCACAGUCACAGCAGCUCUCUUUUCUGAAACACCAGCAUUUCUCCCACUCUUUUCUUUUUAAAAAUAAAAACCACCAUGGCCUCAAUGAAAGCAGUCCUCGUCAAGCAGCCCGGCGGCAUCGAGCAGCUGUACCUCGGCGAAACCGAGCGUCCCGCACCUGGACCUAACGAGCUGCUGGUCAAGAUCAACUACUUUGCGCUCAACCGCAUGGACAGCCUGCAGCGCCAGGGCAGGUACCCGCUGCCACCGCAGGCCGGCCCGAUCAUGGGCGUUGAGAUGUCGGGCGAGGUGGUCGAGACCGGCGCGCAGACGAGCAAGUACAAGGUCGGUGACCAGGUGUUUGGGCUGAUGUAUGGUGGGGCAUAUGCGCAAUACGCGACGAUCGACGAGAGUUCGGCGCUGCCGCUGGGCUCCCUGUCGCCGGAGAUCGCCGCGUCUCUGCUCGAGUGCUGGUACACCGCCUACCAGGCAGGCGAGGACAUUCUGAUCCAUGCGGCAGCGGGCGGCGUCGGCACAGCUGCGAUCCAGCUUGCCAAGAUGGCCGGCGCCCGGCGCAUUUUCGUGACGGCCAGCCGUCCCGAGAAGCUCAAGUACUGCCAAAAGCUCGGUGCUACGCAUCUGAUCAACUACCGCGAGCAGAGCUUCAAGGAUGUUGUUCUGGAGGAGACAGGUGGGCGUGGAGUAGAUGUGGUUUGCGAUUUCCUGCUGGCCAGCUACUUCAACGACAACGUUGCGUCGCUGGCUCUGGACGGCCGCAUGUCGCUGCAGGCAACCAUGGGCGGCGUGGUUGCCGAGAAGGCCACCCUGGGCCCAAUUCUGUUCAAGCGCCUGACCAUCGUGGGCACCACGCUGCGCUCACGCUCGCUCGAGUACCAGCGCGAGCUGGCCCAUGUGUUCUGCAAGGAGGUGCUGCCGCGCAUCACUGCAGGCGAGGUGCAGUGGCACAUCUCCAAGAUCUUCGACUGGGAAGACAUCCAGGGCGCGCACACGCUGCUGGAGGAUGCCUCGUUCACGGGCAAAAUCGUGGUCAAGGUCACUGACAACGCGUAAACGAAGAUGAGCUUUAUUUCGACAAAAACGUCCUUUUUCAGUACAAGGGUUUAGACAUACAGGUUUUCAUAUUCUCUUUAGGCGGUUGCUUAACCGCGAGUACAGGCGCCUUGGCGAACUCGACACCACUGAGCGAAGAAGCCGAGGCGUGCGCGGAGCAAGUGUCACGGGCAGCUCCAUUUCCUGAAUGGAGACAUUGU